AUGGGAUCGGCAGUGACAUGCGUUUCUUUUGGCAAUCGUCGGCGGGAUACGCCGCCAAAGGCGAGUCAAGAUGACAAUGAAGAAGAGGACAUGUGGCAACAGCGGUUUCUCAUGGAAGUUGGAAAAGAUUCCACUUCUUUCACACGCGACUUCCCGCGAAUUCCCGUGUACGUCCGCACCGCCACACGCAACAAUUAUUAUGAACCGCAACGAGAAGUGCAGCGGGUGGAGAAGGAACAGCAGCAGAAGACACAUGUGGAGAUGACGGGGUGCUCGGAGGAUGCCGCGCAUCAUUGUCUUGCGCUGAGGAGUGAUCGGGUUCGCACAUCGAUAGAACUUCUGUUGGAAUUGUGCGGCGAAGACACGAUGGCGAUGCUUUCCGCGUGGCAAACGGAGGAAGAAAGAUUAGGCGUGGCGGAUGCCUCUUCGUUACUUCUUGCCGUACUGCUGAUGAGUGGCAUGCUGCAGUUGAAGAAGGAAACAGAGGGGAGCGAGCAAUGUGAGAAUGACGCACCGGGAACUUCACCGACGGCACCGAAAAGGGAAAUGAGUACAGCCGAAACGAACACCACCGUACCGAAUGGGUCAACGGAAUACGGCAAAGCGGAUGCGGUGUUGUUGUCUGCUUCGCCUCAGUACAUAGUCCAAAGCAAGGCACUCCGUCUGAUGCAGUACAUGGUGCAGUCGGCGGUGUUUUUUUCCAUUCAAUGGAUUACUGGUGUGUUUCGAUUCCCAUGGUGCCGACACAUGCACGAUAUCGUUUGGACUGCACAUGUGUACUCUGAAAAGGAUAGAAAUCGAGAGGGUAUGGAAGAAGGGGACAUUGAGUUGAUUAUUGUGCAGCACAAACUGACGUUACGCCACUACGUAGAGCCGAAGGAAUUACGGAAAAAGCCUCGGUUUGAGGUUGACUGGACAUGUACCAUCUGCAUUGAUCCCCGCCAUCUUUUGCAUGACACUUCCAACCCGCCGACGAUGGGUGAGAAUGCUGAAGUGCGCCAAAUCACCGCGGAGGUUUUGGCGGCGCGUGUGGAGAUGCCACCGAAAACGGCAUGUUGCGUUUCACGGGUUUGGCGUAAGCGCCGUGAUGCGCUGAAGGUCCGGCUGUGGAAUCGCUUUCAGGUGGAGCUCGAUCUCGUGCCGGCUCUGCACGGCCGCACUGCGAACUGA